AUGGCGAGUAGUAGUUCGUCGAGUUAUGGGAUUGAGCACCUUCAAAAAGAAUGUUACUAUGAGUGGAUGAGUUUACAAGCCAAACACAUAGUUGAUCUCAAAGAAGCACUCAUGAGCCAACGAUCCAAUGACGAUCAUUACCUACUCGAACACCUCGUUGGUAAAAUCAUCAACGACUUCCAAAGCUAUGCCAAAAAACGAUCGGAGCUGGCAGACCGAAGCUGUUCUAGCUACUUUGCACCAUCCUGGAACUCUUCUCUAGAGAAUGGUCUUCUAUGGAUGGGAGGAUGUCGUCCUUCAUCUUUUAUUAGACUUAUAUACGCUCUAUGUGGAUCCCAUGUUGAAACUCAUCUUUCUCAGUAUAUCCUCGAAAUGGAUGAAAAGGUCGAUGAUGCGCAUGUUGGUGAUAGUUCUAUGAGUGAUCUCACGGGGACGCAGCUUGAGAAAAUCAAUGAAAUACAUAUAGAGGUGAUAGAGAAAGAAGAUAAGAUAACUAAAAAAUGUGCAAAUUUGCAGGAGGAUGUUGCGGAUAUGCCAGUCGCCAUCACGGCCUUCUCGAGGGAUUGGGUUGAAGCUGACGUGGCGGUUGAAGAUGCUUUAGAUAAGCAUGAAGAGAACAUGGCUGGUAUAAUGGUGGAGGCUGAUAAGGUGAGGCUAGAGACGCUUAGGAGUAUUGUGGACGUUUUGACUCCGGUUCAAGCGGCGGAGUUCUUGCUCUCCGGGAAAAGAUUACAAGUGUCCUUGCAUGAAUGGAGAAGAGCACCUGCCGAUGCAGCAGCAGCAAGGGGCGGAGCCGGGAAGUCAAAGAGAUCGGCCACUUGUUGA